GUGCCCACCAAUGGUAACCACCUGGAUGUGUGUACAUGUACAUGUACAUGUGUGAGAUGGUGUGGCGUAGUAGUAAAUCAGAAGGGUCAGGUGGCUGGAGCUGCCAGCUGGGGAUCUGCAGCAGCCUUAGUGAUGACCAGAUGAGUCAUGCUUAGCUACUCAAUGUACAGCUUAAGCAGUGUUUAACACCUGGACAUCUGAAGCAGGCUGCCAGAAGUGUUCCGCUCUCAGACUCAAGUAGCCAAGAGGCAAUACAUGCAUGAAGGACAAAGUGAUCUUCAUUUUGUGCCAUCCAUGCAGUUGGUUUGUGAGUGUUGCGAAAAGAGUUGUGAAACAGGCUUGCACAGUGCCACUAAAUCACAGCAUACUAUGACUUUCUUCACGUAGCCAAUCAAGGAACACCAUGGCAUUCCAUUGUCUCAUCAUCAUUACCACGGCUUCGCAGGUUGUCAGCAUAGUUCUCCUUGUCUGCACUAUCAGCGGGGUAGAUGCAUCCCACGAUGUCGGUUGUAAUGUCACCUGUGAGUACACAGCAUGGGCAUUGGAUGCCAACUGCAGGGAUCGUGGUCUAACUCAAGUUCCCCAUGAAUGCAGCACAUCAGAGAUGGUUGACCUACGCAACAAUGAACUUACAUACCUCGGGGCCGGUAGCUUUGCAGGGUACCAACUGCUGCAGUACCUCGACCUCGAGUUCAACUUCAUCAGUAACAUUACAAGAGGAGCCUUUGACGAGUGCAUCUCACUGAAAAACAUCUACCUGCAAUUCAACUCUCUCAUUGAGGUAGGGGAAAGGGCAUUUGAAGGGGCGUCUGAUCUGAAGAAGCUUUUCCUCAACCAGAAUAGCAUAACAUACAUACACCCUGAUGCCUUCUGUGGCUUGGAUGGACUCACUGGGUUAUACAUUGGCCAUAAUGAAAUCACUAGGUUGCAUGCUUCAGUGUUUCAACAUACACCACACCUACAGUAUCUGCACAUGGGUAACAACGGCCUCACAGAAUUCCCUACUGGCAUCUUUGACACGUUGACUGAACUCGUUUACAUCAAUGCAGAAAAUAAUAACCUCAAAUUUCUGGAUGGGUCACUUCUUAAAAACUUGGUUAAUUUGGAGGAACUGAACUUGUCUCACAACUUGAUCCUCUCAAUCACUGGUUUCCCAAUAUUGCCCAAUCUCACGAUACUAGAUCUCUUUGACAAUAACUUACGAGACAUCAGUGUUUUGGCAGACAAGAUCAAUGGACUAGAUGAGCUGUACUUGGCUGAGAAUAACAACCUGACCUGCACAUGCUCAGUAGAUCCCAUCAAGAAGUGGGUGAUAGAUCACAUGAAGAAUGAAGACGUUGAGACCCUCAGAGCUAAUGUAACAUGUGGCUGGCCUCAGGAAUUGAGAGGUUACCCACUUAACCGUGUCACAAUUUGUCCAGGGCCACAGAUUUUUGGUUUUGUUCCAGCUGCUUCAGUGGUACCAUCUACCCAGAUCACUUCAGUCAAGAGCAUUGUGACCACUGACUAUAACCUCCAGGCAGUCAAGCAAAACAUGAAACAGAACUCUCAGCUGGAUCCUGUCAUCAUCUACAUUGUGGUCGGGGUGGCCACUUUUAUCAGUGUUGUUGUUGUUCUUAUCGUCUUGAUUAAGUAUUUGGAUUGGCGUACACACAGGACUCAGCAGCAACAGCAGGCCACCAAACAACAGCGACCAACACAGCAACAGCAGCAGCAGCAGCAGCAGAGCGUGCCCCUGGUGCGUAUUAUCCCUAACAGACUGGUUCAAGAUGAUGAUGGAGCUUAUGAACCAGUCCGUAUCAGACCUCAUUCACCAAGUGACUCAGCCUUUGGGUCUCAAGAUGAUGUCCUUGCAGCUCAGGAGAGAGAUGCACAGUCUUGGAUUGACCCUACCUAUCGGGUUGCACCUUAUGGUUCAGAUGACCCACAGGAGGUUCAGCAUUCUUAUCCUCCGUACAUGACCAUGGAGCAUUUGAACGCACUCCACCCAACACCACUCAUUGAUGAAAGCUUCACUUCUAUUGAAGAACCUCCCCCACAACAACCAAACACUAAUCCCUUCAUAAACGACAUGCCAGAGGAUCAUGUCAUUUUUAAUGCAUCAAAAAUGCUGAGAUGCUCAAGUCAAAAUCCUUUUCAAAAUAAUGCAAAUACAAAUCCAUUCAUAAAUUGUGCUUAAGUACAAUAAAACACAAAAUAAAAAUAUACAUUGUACAUGUACAAUGAACUUUACUCACGAUUCCAUGAUUUUGUUCACACACUUAUAUUUACAAUGUAUGUAUCAAGAUCAGUCUGGUAAGAUUCCAGCUAAUGCAUAUCUGUUGUUCAGUAUCUGUUCAGCACUAAUUGAAGUUGGUCUCUGGCUGGCAAAUUCAGUUGUGCCAUCACAGCAAUCAAAUUCAAUCAAGUGACUAACAGUUAAGAAUACCCUUGUUACUUUGAUACAGUCAUGCUUUUACUGAAGGUAACUAAAUGAACCUUGAACCUUGACGGUGAUUGAUAUAUACCAGCUGUACAUGUACAUGGUACCUACACGUAUCAGUUACUUCUUCCAUCUGUUGAUGCAAUUUGUCUAGUCACAGCAUUUACCAGAAUGUAAGCCGACUGUUUUUCGCUAGUCUGUGUACAAAUGUAUUGCAAGGUAAGUGGAAGAAUAUUAUGACUGUCUGUGACUGAUCAAACAAUAGGAGGGUCUUUUUUAUUAAAUUUUUUUUUUUAACAAAUGUAAACAACUUUGUACAUAUGCGUGUUUCUUUCCAUAUAAUUUAGAUACAUGAAUGUAAAAACACUUUGAUUUUGGGAUACGUGUACAUUUAUUAAUUUUCUAAGGAAAUCAAAGACACCCUUCAAAAAUCUAGUGUACAGUGUACAAAGUUGAGUCCGUAAAAAUUGAGUCCCAAGUAAAACACAAAUCAGUACAUCAUCCAGCCACAACAGCAGAUGAACAAUAAUGACCGGCAAGGAAAGUUGUUCAUAUGAGUAGUGAGUGACUUGGAGGACUUGUGACUGAGUUAUGACAGAUUUGAUACACAUUGUACUUCAAUGUAAAAAUGAGACUUUCAUUAUGUAAGGACACACAAGUGUAGUGACAUUCCUGUUUUUAAUAACACUGCCAUGAUAUACGUAGACUGUACCUGUACAAAGUGAUCAUGUGACAACUUUGUCAUUGUAUUCAAUAAAAGCAGUAUAUAUGCCUUCUGUAAAUAAAAUUUUGUAGUAUUUUAUAUCAAACUUUAUCUGCAAUUGUAUAUUUAUAAACUGGUACUGUACCGGUAUAUCAUAUCUCUCCUGAUCUUUUUGCCAAAUAAACAGAAUGGUACGGCAAUCCAGAGGUUGCAGGAUCAACCCCUGCUCCAGUCAAUUCCUUGCUUCAAUUUUAUAAUGACAAAUAACUGAAAAUAACUGUAUAACAAAUAACUGAAAAUACCUUGCCUUUUAAAACAUGAUGAUUUAUAUUUUUUUAUUUCUGAUUUACAAUGAUACUUUUAAUAAAAAUCUUCUUGUGUGGUUUGCAGAAUUAUAAGAGAUGUAUAACUGACAAUACCUUGCCUUUUACAAUAGUAUGCUUUAUAUUUUCUGAUUACUGAUUCACCAUGAUACCUUUAAUAUUAAUGAAAUGUUCUUGUAAGGUUGCAUGUUCCUUUUUUAUCCAACACUAUAGAUUAAUAUACUGCUGGUACUUAACAUUCCUACUCUGGCUACCCCUUUUAUGUUUGGAAUAUUCAUUUUAUUUCUCAGGACCUUUGAGAUUCACAGAUGAAUUAUAAGUUUUUAAAAGCAAUAUGCAUACAUGCAGUUUCUACUUAAUGCACUCGUAAACUGAAUAAUUACUGCACUCCAUUUAUUUUGCACAUAUCAUAAAUCGAGUUUGUUUGUUUGUCUGUUGUUUGUUGGUUGGUGUUAUUUGUUUGUUUGUUUGCUUUUUGAAGGGAUGUGUGUGUUUUUGGAGGCUUUACAUUUGAGUCUGUUUUACUAUGCAGUACAUUCCAACAAAUUCAUUGGCAUUUGUGUACAGUCGACUCUCGGUAGUACAAACUCUGUUAAUACAAAAUUCUGGUUAUAACAAACAUAAAGCCUUGGUC